ACUUUUUAGGAAAUAUUCAUUAUCUUAUGUCACGAUUAAUAUGAAAGGAUAUUUAAUUUUUAUUUCUCUACUUUCUGUGUUUCUAACGGAAAUAUCUUGCUACUCAAAGAAUGUGUGUGAGGAUGAAAAUAGUCAAUUUGAAUGCGUAAUAGUAUCGGGACCUAAAACAUAUUAUUCAAUAACACCUGAAAGUCUUAAACAUCAAACGUUUCACUGUCAAUUUUCUAAUUGGGUAGACAAUGAUUACAUAUCAAAUUAUAAAUGGUUUCUAAAUGAUGAACUUAUUGGAGAAGUCAAUAGAAAUUCAAAACAUAAUAUCCAUGAUAUUAAGUUCAAUAGCUUAAAUAAAAGAUCAACCUUAAACGUCGAUAUCUCUCAUUUACAUAUUGGAGAAUACAAAGUUUCUUGUAAAUAUCCUAACUUUUAUCAUCCUCAAACGCCAAUUGAAGAAAGAAGUGCUAAUAUAUUUGCUCUAGGUGAAACUGACGUAUUUGCAGUUAAUGAAAACAGUGGUGAUGAUCUUAGCCCUGAUACCCUUUUAAAAGACAUUAGCUGGAACAUGGUUUAUGACGUAACAUGCAAUUUAGAGAAGGAAAAUUUUUUGAAGAAUGAAGUUACUAAAACAUUCACAAAUUUCAAAAAGUAUUUUUAUUUUAAUACUCCAAAAUGUCCACGUAAUUUAUUUCUAAAAAGUAAUCAAGGAAAGAACUUUGCAGUAUCAAUAAAAGCAAAAGUAAAUGUCAUGAAGCAAAAUUCUUCUUAUUUUUUUGAAAAUUUUCAAAGAGAAAGAGAGGGUAUAAUAAAUGGAGUAGCAAAAAUAAAAGUUGAAGGCAAAGAACCAACAAAUUCAGAAGAUAUUAAAAAAAAUCUUGAACAAUCGCUAUCAGAAAUUAAUCAAUUGAAAAGUAAUUCCUGUGCCAUUGCCGAAAUCAGCAAAACUUGUAAUCAGAAUUAUGAUAAAUGCGUUGACUAUGGAACGAAUGUUACUUGCGAAAAUUUAUGCUUAAAUAACGCCUGUAAGACCGAAAAUAAUCAAGUCUGUUAUAUUCGUGAAAGAGAAGCUAAAUGCGGAUGUAUAACUUCCUACGUAAAAGUCGGCAGUAAAUGCGUCAAACCUGCUGUUUUCUAUGGAAUACUUGGAGGUUGUUUAGGAGCAAUAUUUCUUAUAUUGAUUAUUGUUAUAGUUGUUAUUUGCGUAAGAAAGAAGAGAAAAGAACCAGAAAUUAUUAGAAGUUACGAGAAUAUCGAAUCAAGUGAAACUAGGCAGAGGCAAGAGCCCGUUGCUAAACCAAAAAAUGAAGAGCCAGAAACUUCAGGAGCUAAGUUAAGAGAAAAGAGAAGAGAAGAGGUUAAAGAGACUCGAACAGAAGAGGUACCUAGAAGUAAGAGAUAUGAUGAUUUUGGUGGUGACAAUGAAGACGAAAACAAAAGGAAGGAAACUCCUAUUUUGGUUUAUCCAAUUGUACCAAUACCAUUAGAAGAGAGAAGAAGGCAGGGCGAGUUGGAUAGAAGAAGAGCUGAUAGAUAUGAUAAAAGAGACUAUGACGAAAUAGAUGAUAGAGGAAGAGGUAGACGUCAAGAUAGCUUGGAAAGGGUUUACACUGGAGAACCAUCAAACCGAAAUAGAGAUGAUCUUAACGAAGGACGAACAAAUAAGGGUUUUACCCCGGAUAAGAGAAAAGAUGAUGACAGCGAUAGUUGGAUAGGACUAGACGAAUACGUCAGUAGUAGACAAUCGGGCAUAGCUAGACCUCAAAUAAGACCCAGAUACGAUUCGUCUCCCAAAUCUCUUGAAAGAAGACCAAUAAGAACUGGAAGUGGUAGAAAUAUAUCAAGACAGAGAUACAGCAAAGAUUGGAAUAAUUAA